AUGACCACACCGCAUUUACCAGAUGAUUGUAUUUAUUACAUUUUGAAGCACCUACAAAAUAAUCACUCAACGUUGUUCGAAUGUUUGUUGGUCAACCGAUUCUGGUGUAAAGUGACGGUUCCAUUACUUUACGUGAGUCCCUUUGAGACCAUAGAUAAACGUCACAAUUACUCAAUAAUCAUGACAUUAAUUACAUGCCUUAACAAGGCAGAAAUCGUGCAAUUAAGAAAUCAAUUAAAUUUUAUUAAUGUUCAAAACAUAAAGAUUAAUAUAGAAUAUAAACCAUUAUUCGAUUACACAAAGUACAUAGAGAUUUAUAAUGAUACCAUUAUAAAUUUGAUCAUAUUUAAUUGGUUUAACCGUCAUUUGAACCUAAUCGAUUAUCAACGUAAAGGGAUGCUUGAUAAUUUCAUUUCAACCUUUCAUCAAUCAAUGUUGAAUCAAUGUGUUAACAUCAAACAAUUAAAUAUCUCAUUGAUUCAAUUCGAAAAGGAGAAUUUUAAUAUUCAAUUUAUUAAAAAUUUCUCCUCAAAUUUAUUAAAAUUAACUUGCUUAAAUCUAAAAAAUUUUAAUGAGAUUAAUAAUGAGGUGGUCUUAGAAUUUUUAAAUAGUAUUGAGAAUAAUUGUUUGAACCUGAAGAAGUUGGAACUUUCAUUAUACAAGAGUUACCCUUUAGAAACACUUGCGGGGAAGCUUUGUUCCAUCAUUCAACAACAACAACAUUUAAACAUAAUCAAAUUAUCCCAUUGUGAUUUCAUACUGGAUGAUAUCUUUUUAUCAUUGGAAUUUCAAAGAUUUUCCUUGACCUAUUUCGAAUUCUCGUACACAAACUUUUCACACGCUUCUUUUAAGGACUUUAUAGAUCUUUCUAAUUUAAAAUAUUUGAAAUUUUAUGGCUGUAAAGAGAUUUCAUUGGAGAAUUGUGAAAUUUUAAAAUUUGCUUCAUUCAACCUUAAAGAGUUAAUCCUUCAAUAUAAUAGUUGGAAAUCAAAUAUUACCAUUUCAAUGAUAAAAUAUUUAGGUAUUUCAUUACAAAGGUUAUUGGUAUCUGACAAAACAACGAUUCAAAUCAUUCAAACUAUAUCGAAUUAUUGUUUAAAUCUAUCUACUUUAGAAAUCAAAAUUGAAACAAACACUGACAUAUCAAUAUUUCCUUACCUAAAAAAUCUUAAUAUCAAAAUCCUAAAUAUACAGAUCUUUAUAAAUAAUAAUAACAUGGGUGAUUGGUUCAUAAGUUUGGCAAAUUCUUUGCCUUCAAGUGUUGAGGAAAUCUCUUUUCAUAGCAUUACCCUUUUUCAUUCCUCUUAUUUUAAGAUCUUAUUAGAUAAUUGUCAUGGGUAUUUGGUCACCAUUAAUUUAAAUGAUUAUAUUAAUUUAUAUAAUCUGAAGGCUGUCUUGGAUUACGCUGAAAGGAGUAAUCAUCAUUUAAGAUUGCUCGGGAUUCGGAUGAUUGGAACAAGAUUGAAUGAAGAAGAGUCCCAAUUAUUGAAUAAAAUUAAGGAGAAGGAAGUCAAUGUGAUGGAAUUUAAUAGUAUUUAUAAAGAGACGGAUUAUGUGUAUCUUUAA